AUGUCAAAACCAUUAUCCCCGCUAUCGUCAUCGUACCAGAAUGCCCGAGUCCGAUCCCCGAUGGCUGGGUCUUCGCCAUUUCUCGCCAAACCCAUCGACGCUCCUCUAAACGGCGCAGAGCCUGGGAUGUUAUCCAGUCCGCUGAAGCAAACAUGGACGCGCUCUCGCGAUGAUACGCGCAGUCAAAGUCCCGAGGCGGUGCUUGAAGAUGAUGCCGAGAACUACUUGUCGAGCCACGACUACGAUCGACGCAAUGAUUUCCACGAGAAUGACGAAAACAACGGCCAUGAUGAUCAGAAUUAUGAGCAAGACUACGAUAAUCGCCAACAUCCAGAUGACGUGGAAGAUGAAGAACCCGCGAGUUCGCCAUUCCGGUAUCAAGCCCGUGAAGACACGGUCGAUUUUCAGAAGAUGCGCCCGCAGACGAAUCAUCCGCAUUCCUCUUUCCCUGGUAUGCGCCAUCGUUUCGCGAUUGAGGAAGAGGAUGAGCCUCCGAGUUCGCCGUUUCGACCCAAUGUUCGUGACGUGAAUGAGGAAGAAUAUAUUGAAGACGAGAGGGGGGAGGAGGAUGAGGAAGAGGGAGAGGAGCGGCUGCGUGAUGUUCAGAGAUUGUCGCCCGGAUUGGACAGGCGACUUGCCUACGAAGAUCCGGUCAGUUCUCCGUUCCGUGCUGACGUGCAUGAGGACGAUGUGGGGUAUGAGCAUGCGCGAGACAUGUCGAAUUCAAGGUCGCCGGUGAUGGAGGGACUGGAUGAGCAGGAGGAGCAGGAGGCAAGUUCGCCAUUUCGGCCUGAUAUUCAGGAGGAAUUGAAUGAUGGGGUGGAUACUUUUGAGGAGCGAGAGCGAUCGCCAGUCCAGAAGGAAGUCAUUUCCAGGGAAGAGAUGAUGCGGAAUGCUCCAGCAGAUGCUCUUAACUCACCAUUUCGCCCGGAGAUCGUUGCUGAAAUGACCAGCUCCAGUGCAACGAGAGUGUUGAAGCGGGAGUCUUUCGGAGGCCGGCCAACUCAGUCUCCUAAAGGUCCGCGUGAAUCACCAUUUCGCCAUGACAGGGAGAAUAGUAUUGCCGCACGCCGUGCUCAAGAACUGCAACAGCAGACUUUUGAGAGGAGACUUUCAGCUAGCAAGGCUAUGAGCAGCAAGCUGGGUGACGAUGAGGCUUUGCCUGCCCGCCGCGACUCGGUCAUCGCGAAUGACAAGAUUCGCUCCCGUGAAUCGCUUGUUUUACAGAGAGAGUCAUUUGGCAAGGCUUCCCAGUCUCCAACUGCGUCUCGACGGUCCUCUGGCCCGCAAACAGCCGAAGCCCCCAGAAAUAGCCCGCCAAAGGCUCGCGCGGUACCUCGUGCUUCUCUGGGGCUUGAGAACCACCGUGCUUCCACGACUCCUCAAAAACGCCCCUUUGACCAAACACCUCACGACCAUGACGAGCAUUCAGAGGAAAAAGAGAGGUACAAGAAGGGAAUGGUGAGCCGCGAUGUUUCGCCGGCGAUCCACGCAGAUUUUGAGGAAGAGCCGAGCGUCAUUCGCAAUCAAAGCUACGAGUCUGCCACUGGCGACAACUACGAUCGCUCAACAGUUGGAAACAGCGUGGUAGAAGACCGACACAACGAAGGGAUGAGUACAGUUCUACACAACGACGAAGACGACGAGCGCUUUGAGCGAGCAGACAUGCAUGCUGCUCACGGUGGAGAAGACCAUGACCCCGUGGACGACACUGGCUUCAGCGACUUUUCUGUUUUGCCCGAUAUGACUUCUUUUGCCAAACUACGAGCCGACUCACCUGUGAAGGCUAUGCGUGGCAGUGUGGGUCAUCUCGCUGGCCCUCCAUCCGCCAGUGCGUAUCGUCACAGUCUUGCACCUUCCACUCCAGGCACUGCGCGGAAAUCAUACCGGGCCAGCGCGUUGCUGGAUGCGGGCUCGCAAGUGGGGUCUCCGACGCCGAGGCGCAGAGAAUCUCGCGAUGUGGGCUAUGGGGCCGAGUCGUCUAAUCUGCUUGAUCUCACGGACCAAAUGAACUUUUACCCGCGUCAGUCGAUGCCAGGCGCCCGUUAUUCGCCGAAUCGACGGUCUCCCAUGCGAGCUAUGCGCCAGUCUAUCCGAACCCCCUCGAAGAUGUCGUCUCUACUGGAUUUCGAUAUCCCUCCGGCUCCGACUCCGCGGUCUCUUCCUUCAAUUACCCCUCGCGAACUGGAAUCACUCAAAUCUGGAUUCAUGUCUGAGAUCUCUUCUCUCAAGGCGACUCUGAGUGGCAAGGAAGCCGAGGUGGCGAGCUUGAAGACUGCUGUGGCUGAUGCGGAACGCCGUGUAGGCGAAGCUCUUGAAGAAGUCCGCAAUGAAGCUGCUCGAAAGGAUGAGUUGGAGAUGGAACAGGCGGAAUGGGACCGUCGUGGCAAGGAGAUGGAGACCGUUUUGCGCUCCGUCCGAGACGAGCUGGAGAACGGAGAACACGAAAGAGAGCGACUUGUGCACCGGGCUGAGGAGGCGGAGAAGUCCAAGGAGCAUCUGGAAGGACGGGUGGUCGAACUCGAGACCCAGCUGACCUCUGCGCGUGCAUCCUCAGCGGCAUCUGCGCCCCGGCCGAACUCAGGUGUUGAGUCUCGGCCAGCCUCUCAAUCUACCGAAGCUACUGCGCGGGAGGUCCAAGAAGCCGUUGAAAAGGUUGCUCGUGAACUGCAUACCUUGUAUAAGAGCAAGCACGAGACUAAGGUUGCUGCUUUGAAGAAGAGCUACGAAACCCGAUGGGAGAAACGUCUUCGUGAAGUGGAGAAGAAGCUGGCCGCGGCUUUGGAAGAGAGCGACCGGUUACGCAUUGAACGUGACACGGCGCAAGCUGAAUCGAUGGCUGCGGCGAAUGCCAACAUGGGGGCGCGUGAGAACGACGAGUAUGAGGCGGAGAAACAGGGGCUUGAGGCGCAGAUCCAGGGCCUGCAGCAUGAAAUUGCGGCUCUGAAAGAAGACGGUGAACGACUCCGCUCGGAGCUCAAGUCUGAACGUGCAGAGAAAGGGGAACUUGUCGCUGCUGUGGAUGAAUGGCUUGCGAUGCAACAGGGUGGUGUUGCACCUGCGCAGGGUGUUGCGUCGCAUGAGCCAAGCCAGGUACGUGAGAGUGACCGUGAGCGUCAAGUCUCUCUUUCUUCUGCUGGUGGUUAUGACGAGGAACGUCGUGUUAGUCCUGAGGUGGCGGAACGACAAAAUCCCCGCGUUGGGCGGGCUGGGUCGCAUUCCGAUUCGAGAUCUGGUUCUUCGUCGGGGCCCGGUCUGGCAUCAAGUGGGAUGCGGGCUGCUGGAGCAGGAGAGAAACGGAUUCCUCGAUUUGGUGCUCCGGCUGGUCAUUCACGAGGUCAGAGUGGAAACAAGUCGGGCAUUGCGAUGCCCACGCCUGGUCGAGGUGGAAUCAUGAGCUCAAUCGAACGGAUGGGUCGUGGUACCGGUGGUGUUUAA